CUAAUUGUGACCAGAGCCCUCCCUUCUACAUGCAUAUUCAACAUGGAAAUAAUCACUGGCCACUAAUCUACUAAGAACAUUAGGAAUGAUAUUUUUGCAUUCUGAAAAUUUUGAGGAACAGUGCUAAUUCCCAUGUUUCAUCUACUCUCAUGUGAUUCCAAACCAUUGAAAAUAUUUAUAUGUGUAUAUUUCUUUCAUUCAUUUGGAUUCAGGUUUUGGGUGAAGCUUACCAAGUAUUGAGUGAUCCAGCCCAACGAGAAGCAUAUGACAAUUUUGGGAAAUUAGGAAUCUCGAUUGAAGCAAUUAUCGAUCCUGCAGCUAUCUUUGCGAUGCUUUUUGGCAGUGAGCUUUUUGAGGAAUACAUAGGUCAGCUUGCGAUGGCAUCAAUGGCUUCACUGGACAUAUUUACAGAAGGGGAACAAUUUGACACUAAAAAGCUGCAAGAAAAAAUGAGGGGUAUCCUUCGGUCAACUGAGCAAGGAGAAAUGGUACCGGCAAAGUUUGGGCUACCGUAGACAGCAGUUAGACAGUUGGAGAUAUACACAACAGCUGUUCUGCUUGCAACCCUACGUCCUCCACACCCGCCCUGAGAAGAACAAUGCAGAAAUCUCAUUCAGGAGAUCUCAAAAAUCAACUGUUAGAAUUAUUGUAGUGUUGUCUAUGAAUUAAAGUCAAACUAUUAAUCUUUUUGUAAUACAAU